AUGGUCCCCUCCAGCGCCGGCGUCCUGGCGGCGUUCCGGAGGGCCCGCGAUCAGAAGGUCAGAGAGCUCAAAGCUACGAUGUCGGUCGUCGAGAAGCUGCUCUCCGCGCUCAAAGACGUCGAGAGGAACCUUACUGGCAACUACGAGAGAAAGGUUGGAAAGCAGAUCAUCACGAAGCUCCACUCCUUCAUCCAAGUUUCGAUGACCGAUGGCCCCCAGCCCUCUUCCCCUGUGGUCUACCAUUGGAACGGGCUAAAGCCGGGAGCCGAACAGUCAACCUGCGAAACAGCACAGGAAGCAUCAUAUAGGAGUAUUAAGACCAGAAGCUGA